AUGCCACCAUCAACCAAGCAUCUCCUGGAGAAAUUCCUCUCCCUCUUCUCCUGCUCUCGCCUCGGUGAUGACGAAGACGACGACAACGAGGCCACCUCGCGUCCUCUCGUGAUUGGAGGUCCCGUGGACUUUCGUCACCAUGAGACGGAGGGUGGAGGGCCUCUGCGCGCGCCUAUCUCUGGUGCCCCUGAGCCUUUUGUGCGUUAG